AUGCAGAAGUACAAGGUGCUUGGCGUUGUUGGGGAGGGAGCCUACGGUGUGGUUUUAAAAUGCUGCAAUAAGGAGACAGGAGAAGUAGUAGCUAUCAAGUCGUUCAAGUGGAUGAGCGAUUCAAACAGGCUGGAGAAGACGAUUGCGCGCGAAGUGACGUACUUGAAAAAGCUACGCCAUGAGAACAUAGUUUGGCUCAUUGAGGCCUUUAAAAGAAAGGAACGGCUGCACCUCGUUUUUGAGUUCGUGGAUAAGAAUCUCAUGGAAAUUAUUGAGGCGUCGCCUGGUGGAGUCGAUGAGGAGACGGUUCGCAUCUGCAUGUGGCAGCUGGUGCGGGCCCUGAAGCACUGUCACGCCAAUAGAAUUGUCCAUAGAGAUAUCAAGCCUGAAAACCUACUUCUCAACCCGAAAACUCGCGCCUUGAAGCUUUGCGACUUUGGCUUUGCCCGGUGUAUGGACGCGGUCACCGCCGUUCUCACGAGUUAUGUAGCCACCAGGUGGUACAGGGCUCCCGAGCUGCUUACAGGCGGCCUGGAAUAUGGAGCUCCCGUGGACUUGUGGGCAGCAGGGUGCAUAAUGGGCGAGCUGAUCGAUCAGCAGCCUUUGUUCCCUGGAGACAGCGACAUCGACCAGCUCUACAAAAUUCAACUGGUGCUGGGCCCUAUUACGGAGGAGCAGGCCAGGGCCCUCUCUGUUAGCCCGCGAUAUUCGCAUAUAAAAUUUCCGCCUCUGCCGCCCCCUGAGGGACUCCGCAACAGGUAUGCAGGGCGUUUCGACCGCGUGGCAUUGGAUUUCUUGCAGCGACUGCUGACACUCGAACCGCAGGGCCGCAUGACUGCUGCGGAGGCGUUAGAGCACCCCUACAUUCGGCACCUUGAACACGCUGCCCCGCGCCCUGCCAAAGGUGAUACCUCUGCAUGUGCAGAGCUAGUGCAAGCACUGCAAGCUGGGGUGGGCGGUGUUGGUGGUGCGCAAUGA